ACAAACAAACUGUCCGUUCUCUCUUCACUGUCGCUCCCCGUGCUCAGCCACCAUUUCGAACGGAAAGAAAAAGAAAAUAAAGAAAAAAGAAAAAACCUCAAAACCACCGCCGCCUCGCCUUCCAUGGAGCUCUCCAUUUCCACCCUCUGAAACCGAACUCCUCAUCGUUCGUUCGUUGCAUGCAAUCUUCAUCUUCUCUUCAUCUUCUUCCUCUUCCUCAUCUGUCCCUGGAAUUCCGUUACGCAGCUUCUCUCCCCAAAACCCUAAAACCCUACAAUUCUCAUCGUCUCACGAUGAAGGACCGCACUCCUUCAUCCAAUGGCGCCGUUUACGUCCCUCCUCACCUGCGUCUCCGCUCCGUCAUCACUUCUUCUAAUUAUUCCUCUGCUGCUGUUUCGGCUGUUGACUGCAAGUUGAAGGAGGCUCCGGUCGCGCUGCUCAAUUCAGGACCCACUGCUGCGUCUGACUUGCACACUCGAUCUCCGGAACUGCUCCACACCGGGAAUUCGCAUUUCAAUUCGGUGCACUAUGAUUCCGCCUACCACGACGAUUGUGAUUAUGAGUUUUCGCAUCAUCCGGGUGUUUCACCUUCUGUAAACAUUGAUGUAUGGAAAAGGAAGUUAGCAUUACUUUUACGCGACAAGGAGAAGCAAGAGGUGGUUUCUAGGGAGAAAAAGGAUAGACAUGAUUUUGAACAAAUAGCUGAUUUGGCAAGUAGAAUGGGACUUUUUAGCCAUCUAUAUGCUAAAGUCGCUGUUUUUAGUAAGGUUCCAUUACCGAACUACAGAUUUGAUUUGGAUGAUCGGCGUCCACAGAGAGAGGUCUCUUUGCCUCCCGGCUUGCUUAGAAGAGUUGAUGCACAUAUUGGAGAAUUUCUCUCUCAAAAGUCUAGGUUAAACGGUUUUCAAGAUAUCUCUGUCUCUCGAUCGAGCAGUAGUGGUAGUAUUGCUACAGAUGAAGGGCUUUUUGAGCAACCUGAGCUACAAGCAUCUAGUAAGGCUGUGAUGGAAAAGAUUCUUUGGCGGAGAAGUUUGCAUUUGCGUGAUCAACAGCUUGCUUGGCAGUCAUCUUCUGAAGGAAGAGAAAUGCUGGAAUUCCGGAAAAAUCUCCCUGCAUACAAGGAGAAGGAGGCCGUAUUGUCCACAAUCUCACAGAAUCAGGUUAUUAUUAUAUCAGGUGAAACUGGUUGUGGCAAGACUACGCAAGUUCCCCAAUUUAUUCUGGAAUCAGAAAUAGAAUCACUUCGUGGAGCUGUUUGUAGCAUCAUAUGUACACAGCCAAGACGUAUAUCUGCUAUGUCUGUCUCUGAAAGAGUUGCUUCUGAGAGAGGGGAGAAAUUGGGUGAAUCUGUUGGUUAUAAAGUGCGGCUGGAGGGUAUGAAAGGAAGGGACACUCAUCUUCUCUUUUGCACCACCGGCAUCUUGUUGAGAAGAUUGUUGGUAGAUAGAAAUUUAAAAGGCAUAACCCAUGUUAUUGUUGAUGAGAUUCAUGAACGUGGAAUGAAUGAAGAUUUUCUGCUUAUUGUCCUGAAAGAUCUCCUUCCUCGCCGACCAGAAUUGAGGUUGAUUCUAAUGAGUGCAACUUUAGAUGCAGAACUUUUCUCAUCCUUCUUUGGAGGGGCUCAAAUAAUUCACAUUCCGGGAUUCACGCAUCCUGUCCGAACUCAUUUUCUGGAAGAUAUUCUAGAAAUGACUGGUUACAAAUUAACUCCAUACAAUCAAAUAGAUGAUUAUGGUCAAGAGAAAACGUGGAAAAUGAGCAAACAAGCACCACGAAAGAGGAAAACUCAGAUUGCCUCUACUGUCCAGGAUGCAGUUAUGGCUGCCGAUUUUAAGGAGUACAGUCUUCAAACUCAGGAGUCUUUAUCAUGUUGGAAUCCAGAUUGUCUUGGUUUUAAUCUCAUAGAAUAUCUUCUAGUCAGGAUAUGUGAGAGUGAAAUUCCUGGAGCUAUUCUUGUUUUUAUGACUGGGUGGGAUGACAUCAGUUCUCUGAAGGAAAAACUUCUAGCUCACCCUUUACUAGGUGAUUCAAGUCGUGUUUUGUUGCUGGCAUGCCAUGGCUCUAUGGCCAGUACAGAGCAGAGGUUAAUAUUUAUUAAACCUGACAAAGGAGUGAGGAAGAUAGUGCUUGCAACAAAUAUUGCUGAGACUAGUAUCACGAUAAAUGAUGUUGUGUAUGUUCUGGACUGUGGAAAGGCGAAAGAAACAUCAUAUGAUGCUUUAAAUAACACUCCUUGUCUGCUUCCCUCUUGGAUAUCCAAGGUUUCUGCUCAACAAAGAAGAGGAAGGGCUGGCCGUGUUCAACCAGGAGAAUGUUAUCAUCUAUACCCUAGGUGCGUGUUUGAUGUUUUUGCUGAGUAUCAGCUGCCAGAAAUUUUGAGAACACCUUUACAGUCCCUCUGCUUGCAAAUAAAAAGUUUAAAGCUUGGAAGUAUAUCAGAGUUUCUAUCUAGGGCUUUGCAGUCACCAGAACUACUAGCGGUUCAGAAUGCUAUUGAAUAUCUUAAAAUCAUUGGGGCAUUUGACGAGAGUGAAAAUCUUACAGUUUUAGGUCGUUAUUUGACCAUGCUCCCAAUGGAGCCAAAACUGGGAAAGAUGUUGAUAUUAGGUGCUACCUUCAACUGUUUGGAUCCAAUUUUGACCAUUGUUGCUGGUCUCAGUGUGAGAGACCCUUUUCUAACACCACUGGAGAAGAAGGAUGCUGCAGAGGCUGCAAAGUCUCAAUUUUCACAAGAUUGCAGCGAUCACCUUGCUAUUAUCCGGGCUUAUGCGGGAUGGAAAGAAGCUGAAAGGAACUUUGGUGCAUAUGACUUCUGUUGGAAGAACUUUCUUUCUUUACAAUCGAUGAAGGCUAUUGAUUCACUAAGGAAGGAGUUUUUCUCUUUGCUCAGAGAUACUGGCUUGGUUGAUGGGUACUCAGACUCUUACAAUGCUUGGAGUCAUGAUGAAUACCUCAUACGUGCAGUUAUUUGCUAUGGCCUAUAUCCUGGAGUUUGUUCUGUUGUGGAUGGACACUUGAAAAUGUUGAGCGGGUUUUUGGAAUUUUUUAUGAAACCUGAUGUAGCAGAGACAUAUCAGAAAUUGAGAUUGGAACUUGAAGAGCUUAUACAGAAGAAACUACUAAAUCCAAAGACGAUGGACUUGCACUCCCACCAUGAGCUCCUAUCUGCUGUACGUUUGCUUAUUUCAGAAGACCAGUGUGAAGGUCGAUUUGUUUUUGGCCGCCAGAUCCUUAAGCAGCCCCCCAAGGCAUCUACUCUGGCAGCACCACCACCACCAACUUCUGUUUCAAGAACUGAAAGCGGACCUGGUGGUGAUAAUUCCAAGAGUCAACUCCAGACUUUACUCACGAGGGCUGGGUAUGCUGCACCCACUUACAAGACUAAGCAACUGAAGAAUAAUCAAUUUCGAGCAACCGUGGAAUUUAACGGAGUGCAAAUUAUGGGACAACCUUGUACCAACAAAAAGAACGCAGAAAAGGAUGCUGCAGCUGAGGCUCUUGAGUGGUUGAUGGGUGGAAGUAAGACAGGGCACGACUAUGUCAACCAAAUGUCCAUGAUGCUAAAAAGGAGCAAGAAGGAUCAUAACUGAGCCAGCACAGCCACCUUUUUACUGGAAGGAAUUUUGAGAACGCAGUAAAAGCACAGCAAAACUGAUGAAGCUCAGAUUUGGAGGUGCAUGAGGGACAUCAAAUGUGGUUCAUGAAAAUAAAAGAGCAUCCGCUUCCUAGGCUGGAAUUUGGACCACAGACUUGAGAGGAUUGAAGGCAAGGAGUUGAAUAAUGGGGGGACCAAAAAUGUCACGUUCGCAAAGGAGAUGGGGAAAGUGAUGAUGCACUGCAAGGUUCGGUUCAGGAAAUUACAUGUGAUUAUUUUUUGUACAGAAAUUUAUUUCAACCCCAAUCACAUACUUGUAAAAUAUCAUUUUUUUGGGGGGGUGCAAAAAGAAUAGUAGGCCUGUAAAAUUGCGAAGUGAAAUAUUUGGUUUCGAAAUUGGUUGACAGUAAACAAUGUCUAGUCCUCAAAAACAACAGCCAUGUCAGAGGAAGGAGGGGUGCAAGAUGCAACAGUACAGCAGCACAGUCUGCAUCUUUCCCUGACUUCUUUUUAAUGAAUGCUGGGUCCUUGCACAGUUUGUAUGUAUCUUUCCCUAUCCCCCUUUUUUAAGAUGUUGGGUCCUUGCACUUCUAUGAAACAGCAAAGAAGCCCCCAAAGAAUGGAAAAUUUUCUGUGCCAUGUCAAAA